AUGGCCGGGGUGGAGCAGCCAUGCUACACUUUGAUAAAUUUUCCAACGGACACAGAGCCCUACAAUGAGAUGCAGCUUAAGAUAGACCUGGAAAAAGGUGAUGUUAAAAAGAAAAUAGAAGCACUAAAGAAGACAAUAGGUAUUAUACUGUCUGGGGAGAAAAUUCCUGGCCUUCUGAUGAUAAUUAUCAGAUUUGUGCUGCCUUUGCAGGACCAUACAAUUAAAAAGUUGCUAUUAAUCUUCUGGGAGAUUGUCCCUAAGACCACACCAGAUGGAAAACUUUUGCAGGAGAUGAUUCUUGUGUGUGAUGCUUACAGAAAGGAUCUUCAACACCCAAAUGAGUUUAUCAGAGGAUCCACACUUCGUUUCCUGUGCAAACUGAAGGAACCUGAGCUCUUGGAGCCUUUGAUGCCCGCCAUCAGAACCUGUCUUGAGCACAAACACUCAUAUGUUCGAAGAAAUGCUGUUCUAGCCAUCUUUACUAUCUAUAGGAACUUUGAGUUUCUUAUCCCUGAUGCCCCAGAACUGAUUGCCAACUUCCUAGAAUCAGAGCAGGACAUGUCCUGCAAACGUAAUGCGUUCCUGAUGCUGCUUCACGCGGACCAGGAGAGGGCAUUGUCCUAUCUUUCUUCACGACUUGACAGUGUUCAUGGUUUUGGGGACAUUCUUCAACUGGUUAUAGUGGAAUUGAUUUAUAAGGUUUGCCACGCGAAUCCGGGCGAGCGGUCGCGUUUUAUUCGCACCGUGUACGGUCUACUGAACGCUCCAAGCGCUGCAGUUCGAUACGAAGCAGCAGGUACUCUCGUCACUUUGUCCAACGCGCCGGCUGCGCUCAAGGCAGCAGCUGCAUGCUACAUUGAACUUAUAGUGAAGGAGAGUGAUAACAAUGUGAAGUUAAUCGUGGUGGGUAAGCUGAGCGCACUGCGCGAAGCGGGCGGGGACGCGGCUGCGCGUGCACUGCCCGAUCUCGCCAUGGACGUUCUGCGCGUGCUGGCCGCUUCGGAUCUGGAUGUUCGUCGUCACACAUUGCAGUUAGCACUGGAAUUGGCUAGUCCCCGUCACGCAGAAGAGCUUGUAGGAGUGCUGCGCAAGGAGGCUGCGCGGGCGCAUAGUGCGGAUCAUGACGACGCGAGCAAGUACCGCCAGCUGUUAGUUAAGGCGCUACAUCGGGCAGCUGUUAAGUUCCCAGAAGUGGCGGGCAGCGUCGCCCCUGCGAUGCUGGAGAUGCUGGGAGACGGAAGUGAAGCGGCAGCACACGACGUUAUGCUGUUCUUACGUCACGCGCUCCACAACUUCCCUGACCUGACCGACAGCACCUACUCUAAACUGCUAGAAUCCGUGAGCAAUAUUCGCGUGGGAAAAAUCGCUCGCUCAGCCCUGUGGCUCGUAGCGGAGUUUGCGGAUACGCCCUCUCGAGCGAAAGCAGCUUUGGACACCCUAGCUGGACUAUUGCCUUCGGCCAACUCUGCUGACAGCCAGAAGCCUGAAGAGACCACAGCGACUGCAGCUGAAGCCCCCCGGCAACUCGUCACGAGUGAUGGAACGUACGCCACGCAAUCCGCAUUUAAUUUGCCUCAGGCUCCAGCAGCAGCUGCGUCGAAAAACGGUCUGACAUCAGCACUACGCGAGGGUGAAAGCUUCACAGCGGCGUGCGCAUGCUCAGCGCUCUGUAAACUUGCUUUGCGUCUACAAGAACCGGCGCAAUCCGUUCGCGCGUUACACUUGGCCGCACAACUACUCGCCUUUCACAAGCUUGAUCCGAACGAAACCGGUGGGCUAACAUCAGAUGAUAUAGAACACGCAGCGAUGUGUGUUCGCGCUGGUGCUGAAAAGCCUCAAGUGAUUAAGCAAGCUCUGCUCGAUUCCUCUCGGCGCGCCUUGGCUGCCCUGCUCGCACUUCCCGAUAGAGCACAACCUUCCCUGAUGCCUGAUGCCGAGCAAGAGAAAGAGAAAAAGAGCGAACGUAAGGUGGAGAUUGAGCAGGGCAUCUCGUUUGCAAUGCUCGCGGGUGCAGCGGCGCCCCAGCAACACGACAUGUUUGAGGUGGCGCUAAGUAAAGCUGUUCAAGGCCGUGCUACUAGCAGCAGUGUGCUAUCGGGCGGUUCUCUCUCUCGUGUUCGUCAACUCACCGGCUUCUCAGACCCGGUGUAUGCGGAAGCGAUUGUUGCCGUCAACCAGUACGACAUCGUUUUGGAUGUCCUUGUCGUUAAUCAGACAGAUGACACACUACAGAAUUGCACAGUGGAAUUGGCCACUUUAGGUGAAUUGAGGCUUGUGGAGCGCCCCGCGCCCCUUGUUUUAGCUCCAAGGGACUUCGCGACCAUUCGUGCCCACGUCAAAGUUGCCUCCACCGAGAACGGCAUCAUUUUUGGAAAUAUCGUUUAUGAGGUGAGUGGUGCCUCUUUGGACCGCGGCGUGGUUGUCCUAAACGACAUCCAUAUCGACAUAGUGGACUACAUCCACCCAGCUGGGUGCUCUGACGCGGACUUCCGGCGCAUGUGGGCGGAGUUCGAAUGGGAGAACAAGGUGUCUGUAAACACGACUAUCACCGACUUGAAAGAAUAUUUGGACCAUUUGCUGGCCUCUACAAAUAUGAAGUGUCUCACGCCAGAUAAGGCAUUAUCUGGUCAGUGCGGUUUUAUGGCCGCGAAUUUGUACGCGAGGUCGAUAUUCGGUGAAGACGCCCUCGCCAACCUCUCCAUUGAAAGUCCUCUGCACAGACCCAACGCACCGGUGGUCGGACACGUGCGCAUACGCGCCAAGAGCCAGGGUAUGGCCCUUAGUCUCGGAGACAAGAUCAACCUAAUGCAGAAGACACCACUCCACAAGCAGAAGGAGAGCGCACUUCCAGCUGCUUGA